AUGCCCGACCCCCGAAUAGCUGCCCUCCUCACCAUCACUGCCAUCGUCGGCUUCGGCACGCUCUCCUCCAUCGUCAACAACUCCUACCUCGACACCUCCAACCCCCUCCUCACCGCCCUCCCCCAUCCGCUCCACGCGACGCACUACUUCGCGAACAAGAAGAACGUUCUCAACGUCUACUUCAUCAAGCGCAUAUGGGGCUGGACGACCCUCGCCUUCGUCUUGCUCUUCUUCACCUCCCCGCCCACGACACGCAAGCUGCGAAGGCUCGCGCAAUACGCCGCGGCCACGGCCGUCUGGCUCGGCUUCACGAGCUGGUUCUUCGGCCCCGCCGUGCUCGAGCGGCUCAUCGUGAGCACGGGCGGCGAGUGCGUCGUGAACCUCCCGAGCGGCGAGGUCGUCGGCGUCCCGACCGAGUUCUGCUACACCAAGUCGACCAUCAGCGCCGGGACCCAUGCGAGCCUCUUCUCCGCGAUGGUCGUCCUCCCUGACAAUGACUUCCACGUCCGGCCGAGGCUCCGGAGGGGCCACGACGUGUCGGGCCACAUAUUCCUCCUCACGAUGUCGAUCCUGUUCCUCGUGGACCAGCUCCGCUCGUCGUUCGCGUCGUCAUCGCCCAGCGUAGACAGGCGGUGGCCGCCGAACCACAAGUACGCCGUUGCCUUCAACGGUCUCAUCAUCCUCUUGGCCAUGUUCGCGUCGUACACGACGAGCGUGUACUUCCACACUCCGUUCGAGAAGUUGACAGGCUACUUACUGGGCGUCGCUGGAUUUGCAGUGACACAGAUGCCUAUGUUGCGCUUCAAAGCCGACCCCGCUGUAUCGUCGGCGCGUCGCAACCUUGCUGGCCGAACAAAUGCAGCCAAAUCGAGACGAGACUGA